AUGCGUUUAACUUGGAGAAGAACACAACCAUUAAUUAGCCUAAUCCAGAUCCCACUUAAUAAAGGGCCCCACCUCCAAAGAUUUUGCAGCAGAUCAGAGUCGUACAUUUCAUCAUCAUCUGGUAGGAAAUUUGAGGGUGCUCAUGACUCUUCAUUUCCUGGAUUAUUGAGAUGGUUGUCAUCCGGGCCUUUUCUUGUCGGGUCGGGCUUGGGUCUUUGUUACUUGACGGCAUCAUCAAUCCAUGAUGGGCUUGCUCUUGUCGCAUGUGCUGAUGCAGGAAUAGGUGAUGAUCGAUCAGAGAUUAAGGAUGCUUCUCCUGAGAAGAAGCCUAAAUUUCUCUUCAAAGAUGAAUAUAGAAAAAGAGUGUUCUUCAACUAUGAGAAACGCAUUCGGAUACGAAGCCCACCAGAGAAGGUAUUUGAAUACUUUGCUUCUGUUCGAUCUUCGAGUGGUGAAUACUUAAUGACAGCAGGGGAUUUGAUGAGGGCAGUAAUUCCAGUAUUUCCACCAUCUGAAUCAGAUUAUGUUAGAGGAGGGUUUUUGAUGGGAGAACAAUCUCCGGGAGAUCAUUUGCAAUGUGCUCCCUCUCAGUUUUUCAUGCUCUUUGACACCAACAAUGAUGGCUUCAUAUCUUUUCCUGAGUACUUAUUUUUGGUGAGUGUGUUGAGCAUACCAGAAUCAAGCUUUUGUGUGGCUUUCAAAAUGUUCGACUUAGACCAUAACGGAGAAAUAGACAGGGAGGAAUUCAAGAAAGUUAUGGAUUUAAUGCGAACGCACAAGAAACAAGGAAGACAACAUACUGAUGGUCCGCGUUUUGCCUUAGAAAAUGGUGGUCUUAUCGAGUAUUUCUUUGGUAAAGAUGGAAAUCAAGCUCUUCAACACGACAAAUUUAUUCAGUUUUUCAGAGAUUUGCAAACUGAAAUUUUAAAGUUGGAGUUCGCACAUUAUGAUCACAAGUCACGGGGUACAAUAUCUGCACGGGACUUUGCCUUAUCAAUGGUAGCAUCAGCUGAUAUGAGCCAUACAACCAAAUUUCUUAAUCAAGUUGAUCAACUAAGCAAUGAUCCUAAGCUUAAAGAUAUUCGUAUUACAUUUGACGAAUUCAAGAAAUUUGAUGAAUUAAGGAAGGGUUUACGCCCACUUUCUUUGGCAAUUUUUAGUCAUAGCAAAGCUAAUGAUGGGCUCUUGACAAAACAUGAUUUCCAAAGGGCCGCUUCUCAUGUAUGUGGGAUAAAACUAAGUCAAAAGGUGGUGGACAUAAUAUUUCAAGUAUUUGAUUUGAAUGGAGAUGGAAGCCUUAGUUCAGAUGAGUUUUUGAAAGUGUUACAGCAACGAGAAAGAGAUCAUGUUUCACUCCCAAGACAACCAGGGCUUAAGGGAUUAUUCUCUUGCUGGAAGGAUUGUACUACUAAUUGCUCCUCAAACACAAUCUAAGUUUUGCAAUUAUUUUCUCUAAUUAUUAUUUUUUUGUUUUUGAAAUAAGUCUCUUAUAUUUUAAAUAGAAAUGUAUAUGUAUAUUAUUACAUUUUAAUUAGUACUAACUAAUUGCAAUCGAGGGAGGUUAAGUUGCUGAAGUUUUUAUUACCAGCAAACCAACAUUAAGAUUAAUUAUAUUUUAUUUAUGUUGUUAAUCUGCAGAAA